AUGGCUUCGAAAAACCCUCAGCUUGCUCUAUUUAAAUCUUUUGCUGAUGCAUAUAAGAAAGGUCAUCCUGGUAUGACCAAAUACGCAUGCCAUUACAAUACUGAACUUGAAUGGAAUAAGAUAAAAAAUAAUGCGCAAUUGGUUAAAGUUGAAAUCGAAAAAUAUUUAGAACUUGCGAAGGAAUCUGGAAGCCAAGAAACCGUCAAGGCAACGACGACUGAUAAUCCACCGAAGCCGGAAAAACCGGUUAGCACAACAACAGCAACAAACGAACGUAAACGAACAUUAUCAUCUGAUGAUGAAUAUGAACCAUAUGAGCGAGAAUUAGAAAACGAUAUUAUCAUACCUGUUGAACCAACAUUUACGAAACGCGAUUCGAUGAUGCUUUCCGAAUUCAAUGAUCCCAGUAAACCGUGGGUUGCUCGUUCGCUUGCGAGAGCACAUGCGCGAGCUGAAGCGCGUGUUGCUAAAAUUCAAGCUCGACGUCUUGCAAGUGAAAGUCGAAUCAAAACUCCCGUUCAGGAAGGAGUUAUAAAAGAAAUUAAGGAGAUCUCCGAACGUAUUGCUAGUUUGAUUCAAGUGAAAAAUAUGGGUUUAUCAACAUCAGAUUCAAAUCAAACAUUAAAGAAAUUACUUCAACAGAAAAAGGAGCGCAAAGCUGAAUUAAGUCGUCUACAAUCGAAACAACGUUCAUCUGCACGAUAUCGUCAACGGAAGAAACGCUAUGUCGAGACACUGUGCGCUGCCGAUCCAGAAGUUGCUUCCGAACUCUUAGCACUUUACAAACCUGCGACAAUUCGUGUACAAAUUGAUAACAUUUGUCCAGAUUUAAUCCAAACAAUGGAAGAAAUUGCUCGAAUUGGUGGAGCAACCGAAGUCAAUCCUCGAUUGUUGAAUCCUACACCGUGCGCAUCACUAGAUGACCUACGGCUUAAAGUUAAAGAACGCGGUUUUGAAAUUCGACGCUCAUCAACUUAUUAUCGAUUAAUACCAGCAGGAAUUUUCAGUGAAGAUGGGAAAAAACGAGUGAAUACAGAACCUGUUCGUCUUCGAAAAUAUCAAGAAGUCGAACAAGUAAAACACGAAGAUUGUCAUUUCGUUAAUGCAACUUUACAACAUAUUAAAGAUUUAGCUGGAACAUUUGGCAAUGAAUGUGUCUUUUACUUGAUUCAAGAUCGAAAAGCUUCUGUUCGAAUUGGUCGACCAUCAGCUAGAGGACGUUCACCGUUCAUAAUGCAUUUAGAUUAUCAAAUAAGUACAACAAAUCCAACAUCGAUAACAUCGAGCAUUCCUUAUCAAUUAAAACCCACAGUUUAUGCAUCAUGUUUUAUUGAUGAUACUGGUGUCCUUAACUAUGCAGGUCCAACGUAUAUCUCAAUUCGAUCAGCAAAAUAUGAUCGAUUUACUUCCGACAGCGAAGAUGUCGAUUUUGAUUGCAUAGUUAAAUUAAAAGAAUUUGAAAGAACUGCUCGAAAUCAUAUUGGAACGAUAAAACCAAUUAUUAUCAUGGGUGUAGAUAGCCUGGAACCUACGGAUUACACACGGUUGCCGUCGACACUGACUUCAGCAAUAAAUAAAUUCAAAAAAUAUAAUCUCGAUGCUUUGUUCAUUGUGGCGCAAGCACCGGGCCAAAGAACAUUCAACGUUGUCGAACGGCGUUUAGCAUCUUUGUCACAAGAUUUAACUGGUUUAGUUUUACCUCAUGAUUAUUUUGGUACACAUCUGAAUGUGAGUGGUGUGACUAUCAAUAGUGAGUUAGAGAAAAACAACUUGAAAAGAGCCGGUGACGUUCUCGGAGAAGUUUGGAAUAUGGAUAUGAUUGAUCAGUAUCCUGUUUACGCAGAAUAUGUUGAACCAACAGAAACUAUUGAUGAUACUAUUCGAUUAAUUGAUAGUCAAUUUACGUUGGACACAAUUGUUGAUGAUAUUUGUGAUGAAGAAGAAGAAACACCGCUUCAUCUUCGUGUCACUCGCAACCGACCUGCUCCAACUCAACAUUUAAUUUCUGAUAUUCCAGUCAAACCCAUUAAUACUAUUGAUGAAUAUUGGUGUGCCACACAUGUUUUUCAAAGUCAAUAUUCUAUACAAAUAAUUCGUUGUACAAAACCGGAAUGUUGUGGUCUAUGGCGUUCAAAUUAUAUUCAAGUAUUUCCACAUCGUUUUCUGCCACCGCCCGUUCCAUUUGAUCGUUCAACUGCUGGUGUUAGUUUAGCAGAACUCGAAUCGUCGAAUGCCGCCACAAAUCUCAUCUCACCUUAUUAUGGUACUUUAUUUCAACGCAUUCAAUUUCAUGGCAUUGUCAUGGAACGAACGAAUAAUUUGUUUUUGCCAUUCGAUUCGUAUUGUCCAUCUGUACAAACAAAACUUCAUUCUCGUGUUUGUUCAAUUUGUAAACAGUACGUACCGACAGCCACUCGUCUACGUAAUCAUUAUCGUGUACAUCAACAAAAAUAUACAGCGAAUUGUAUUGAUUAUAAAUUUUACAAAGAUGAAGAGUUAAUCGAUGAACCAGAUCCAAUCGAACCUUGUACAACUCUUCCGUGUCAACUUAAUCCAAGUCUCCAUGGUGUUUUUCUUUUCUCUGACAUGGCUGAAUGGUUGAAAUCUGAUUUCGAAGCCGAUCCUGUUGUUGAAUCCAAAGCGAAAUCUUCAGCAUCACUCGCAAACGCUAUGGUUCGAAAAGAGAAACAAUUACAAGAAGCAGCAGCGGCAGCUAUCGGUAUAAGUUCAAGUCAACUUGGGCAACUCAAUACAGUUGAAUCUGCUGCGACAAUAUCAGUGGACAAUGCAUUGACAUCAACAAAUGAACUCAUUUCUGCGAACGACAUCAAAAUUGAAAACGAGCUCAUUGAUAUCGUUGAUGUUAGUAUGGAUAAUACCAAUGUUAUCAAUGCCAUGGAACAAUUAGCGGUUACGGAUGAUAGCAGUGAUUUAGCUAAUGCUGAAAACGAAAACUUAUUGAGUCAAUAUGAUGAUCUCAGUGAUCUUAUUGAUCAAAUUUAA